GCUCCCAUUGUUGUAUAACCAAGAAUGAAGCUACCACAUAUCUCUUCAAUGCAGGAGGAAGAAACCACCACCAUCACCCGGAGUUCUCCGAGGGCGGUUCACCGGAGUCCCUCUGUUUCCCCCAACACAAACAAGGCCAACAAUAUUGACGGGGUUGGGCCUGAAAAUUGUCAUUCCCUUGAGGCUAGGGAGGCUGGAGAAGCAUUGCAGCUAAAGGAUUCUGCACGGGAAAGGCUAAAGAGGCAUAGAGAAGAGGUGGCAGGUCGGGUUCCGGUACCGGAUAAAUGGGGGAAUGAGGAGUUGCUUAAGGAUUGGAUGGAUCAUUCUUCUUUUGAUGCAUUGUUGGCCCCCAAGGGACUUGAGUUGGCUCGGCAAGCGUUAAUGGCUGAAGGAAGGAGAAUGGAUCCCUAUCAUCAUCAACGACUUAGGAUAGAAAGUAUGUGCUGAAUAUAUCUCCAAAGAGCCUUGGCUCUUUCUUCUUUUUUAUUCCCUAUUACUUGUGUUGCUUUGUAAACUAUCUUAUUAGUAAUAAUUCAUGAUGACUUUAAAAAGUGAUGAACAUAUGAAAAAGUUAGGAAGAAAGCUAUGAAUGGUAU